GGCGUGGUCUUCGGCGCGCGGGAAGCCGCGGGUGGUGGCGGCUCCUUGCGGACCGCGUCCCUGCAGGGUCGCUGUUUAACUCUGCUAACGUUUCCAGCCUCUCUCUGCCCGGUGGGGACUUGGGAGGAUGAAAGUGAUCACGUGUGAAAUCGCCUGGCACAACAAGGAGCCAGUGUACAGCCUGGACUUCCAGCAUGGUGCCGCCUGGAGGAUCCACAGGCUGGCUUCCGCAGGCGUGGACACCGCCGUCAGGAUCUGGAAGGUGGAGAAGGGGCCAGAUGGGAAAGCCAUUGUGGAAUUUCUCUCCAAUCUUGCUCGGCACACCAAAGCUGUCAAUGUCGUACGUUUUUCUCCAACUGGGGAGAUCUUAGCAUCUGGAGGAGAUGACGCCGUCAUUCUGCUAUGGAAGAUGAAUGAUAGCAAGGAGCCAGAGCAGACCGCCUUUCAGGAUGAGGAUGAGGCUCAGCUGAAUAAGGAGCACUGGACUGUGGUAAAAACCCUGAGGGGCCACUUGGAAGAUGUGUAUGACAUUUGCUGGGCCACUGACGGGAAUUUGAUGGCCUCUGCUUCUGUGGAUAACACAGUUAUCAUAUGGGAUGUCAGCAAAGGACAGAAGAUUUCCAUUUUCAAUGAACAUAAAAGUUACGUACAAGGAGUUACCUGGGACCCUUUGGGUCAAUACGUUGCGACCCUGAGUUGUGACAGGGUGCUGCGUGUCUAUAGCACUCAGAAGAAGCGUGUGGCCUUCAACGUUUCAAAGAUGCUGUCUGGACUAGGGCCUGAAGGAGAGGCAAGAAGCUUCCGGAUGUUUCAUGACGACAGCAUGAAGUCAUUCUUCCGCAGACUCAGUUUCACUCCAGACGGAUCUUUGCUUCUCACUCCAGCUGGAUGUAUGGAAUCUGGUGAAAAUGUGACAAACACAACGUAUGUGUUCUCCAGAAAACAUCUGAAAAGGCCCAUCGCCCACCUUCCGUGCCCUGGGAAAGCGACCCUCGCGGUCCGCUGCUGUCCUGUCUACUUCGAACUGAGGCCCGUGGCGGAAACAGAGAAAGCGUCGGAGGAGCCCAGCCCCGAGCUGGUGAGCCUGCCCUACCGGAUGGUGUUUGCCGUGGCCUCCGAGGACUCCGUGCUGCUCUAUGACACUCAGCAGCCUUUCCCAUUUGGCUACGUGUCUAACAUCCAUUACCACACCCUGAGUGACAUUUCCUGGUCCAGUGAUGGGACCUUCCUGGCCAUUUCCUCCACGGAUGGUUAUUGCUCGUUUGUGACCUUCGAGAAGGGUGAACUUGGCAUACCUUUGAAGGAGAAGCCAGUUUUGAGCAUAAGAACUCCUGAUACAGCAAAGAAAACCAAGAUCCAGACACACCAGGGAUCUUCACCAGGAUCCAGAUCGGUCGAAGGGACCCCCACUGGCAGAAUCCAGGACCCCAGCAGUCCCUGCACCACCCCCUCACCAACCACACAGUCUCCAGCUCCGUCUGCCAUCAAGGACAGUCCCUCAGCCACGCCUGCUGGCAAAAGCUCCUUGCCACGACCUUCUGAGGAGAAGACCCUGCAGCCCGCUAGUCAAAACACAAAAGCCCCUCAACCCCGGAGGGUCACACUAAACACGCUGCAGUCCUGGGGCAAGACAACUCCCCGGAGAAUAAACUUAACACCGUUAAAAGCAGAAGCUUCGCCAAAUCCACUGCCCACCAGCGGAACUGCCCCCUCCUCCACAGAAGAGAUGGAGCCAGAGAUGCCUGGCGAGCCCCAGGACGAGCCUCCCGAAGUGAAAAGGCCCAGACUUCCGGAACAUGAAGGAGGUGCCCAAACCCUGGGUCCUGAUGAGGCUCCCAAGUCUUCUUGAGGCUUACCGGGGUCCGGCACCCCUGUGUGCAGGAGGCCCAUGAGCUGAGAGGCUGGUUACAGUGGUAUUGGAGCGGAAUAAAUACCCAUGAGUUGAUUCCCGUAGAGAAAUGUGUCUGCUGACUUUGCUCCAGCAGCCUGCAUACCCUUCUCUGUCAUCCCUUUCUACGGGGACUCUGUGGAGCGAGGCCAACGCCUCUUUGUUUGUUUGUUUGUUUUGUUUUGUUUUUCGAGAGGGUUUCUCUGUGUAGCCCUGGCUGUCCUGGAACUCACUCUGUAGACCAGGCUGGCCUGAAGCACACAAGAGAUCCACCUGCCUCUGCCUCCCGAGUGCUGGGAUUAAAGGCGUGGGUCACCACUGCCCGGCUAACGCCUCUUUGAUGAGUUUCUGAGACUAGGAAAUGUGAUCUGCACCUGGGUCCCUUCACUUGAGGGACUUAACACACUUGGGUGCUGAGGAGAAGAAACAGGAGGGGCAGGCCACCUGGACCACAAAUGAGAACUCCAAGUGGAAGCAUGCAGUGCUCCCAGUGACCACUGGAGGUCACUCGCUCACUGACUCUGCUCGGAGGCCUUGAGGGCUGUCCUGCCUGGCCUUGCAGCAGGCAUGGCCAGAGUGGUCUCCCACGUCAGCUUAAGGCCCUGGUGGCCAGAGCUGGACACACAUGCAAGGGAAUUAUGAGUGAAACGUGUGAAUGCUCAUUGGUUCAUUUGUGCUUCCUCUGGUUUUGUACGUGUAUGUGCACGUGUGUGUGCGUAUGAUCCGUGUGCACAUGCCGAGGUCAGAGAACAAUCUGGUAGUUGGGUCUCUUCUUUUGACAGUGUGGGUCUUGAGAACUGAACUUGGGUCUCCAGGCCUGGCAGCAGGCUCCUUUAUCUGCUGAGCCAUCUCAGCAGCCUGUGUGGUGGUUGAGGAGAUCUCUUCAGUGUGGCCUCUGCCUCGUGUCUUGUAUGGAAUGUACCGUUCUCACCAGCAAAGCCUGGGCUUUCCUCCAGUUUGGGCUCUGAAGGGAGGUGUGAAGAGUCUGUAAAGUUGUGGUAAGGAGUACUUAGCACUGAUCACCCAGGGGUACUUAUUUCUGAAUACUCAACUGACUUGGUGUCCUCAGAUGUUGUCCCCAAAAGGCAUCUCAAGUGGGAUUUGCUCUAGGUUACUUGUCCUCUGGUCAAGGCCUUUGUCAGACCUUGGGGAAAACAUGAAUUUGGAGGAGAGGAGACGUGGGAGGCCCUGGCAGCGCCCCUUCCCUGGUCUCCCUUUCCCUAGCAAUUCCCUUCUUCCCUCUUAUUUCCCACCCCACCCCACCCCU